UGCCGACCAUUGAAAAGAAUCAUCUCUAUCAGAUCUUAGAAAGAUAAAUUUUCAAGCUCUUUCUUCAGGUUGAGGCUGAUCAGUACUAUGGUUUGUUAAUUUUUGGUCAUCUUUGGACUCGGUAUCUUGCUGACGGUUUCCUACAUAAAGAGCGUAAAGUAAGAUGAAUGACAAUAGCGGUUUCUUUGAAUAAGAAGGAAAUUGUUAAUGCUCAAGCAAGUGGAAAAUCCUGGUCAAAACAAAACAAAAAAUAAAGACUCUCAAACAUAAACGUCAUGCGAGCUUAUCGUUAGCAGUUAUGGCGAGAAAACCAUCGAGAAGUACGCCAGUAGAUGAUAAAAAGGAUUACCAACCUGAGAGAGUUCGAAGCACAGCGACUAGCAACAGAAUUGGCCCAAUUCCAGCCGAUGAAUGUAAAGUUAGGGGCAGGCGAGAGAGACCAGGUCAGCUGGCUGUGAAGAACAAAAAGGAAGACAGUUCGACGCCAAAAAACGCAGGAAGUUUUGCACUGUUGGAAUACUUCUAUAGGCUUUCGACAGAGGAUAACAAAGAACAGACCAUCAAUUUACUGUACAUCAAAGCAUUACUGACAUCAGGAGCGGACAUAAACAUUUCUGAUAGCUAUGGACAGACAGUGCUACAUGCUGCGGCAAGAGAUUGGAACACAGACGUUGCUUGCUUUCUGUUAGACAAUGGAGCGCUUGUAGAUAAGCAAGAUGCAUACGGAAGGACGCCGUUGUUUAUAGCAGCUGCUUUGGAUAACCCACAGAUGAUUAGAUUCCUAGUUGCAAAUGGAGCACACAUUAACAAGAAAACGUACGGAGAAAAGCAAACUCCAUUCCAUUAUGCUGUUCGAAGUAAUGCAGUCAGAUCGCUUAAAGAACUUGUGAAACUCGGAGCGGAUGUAUCAGCAGAAGACUCAAAAGGAAGAUGUCCACUUUUUGUAGCUGCGGAAAAUGGAGUUCCAGAAGUUGUUCAGUACCUCCUUGAAAUCGGCUGCCCAGCGGCUGUUUUUAACAAAAGAGGAUACUCCGCAAUGACCUUGAUGGUCGAGAAGAUGCCCAACAUAGCAAUGGAGGCAUUGUAUCAAUACGUGUCUGUUAACACAAAAGCAGAAAGUAAAACGUAUUAUCUGGCCCCGCUUGAGUGGAACCCAAAUGAUCCUGAUGCUGAUCGAGAUUUGAAAACAACUUUGGAGAUGAUUGUCAAAUACAAAGAAAUGGACUUACUACAGCAUCCAGUGAUAGAGAGAUUGCUACACUUGAAAACCAAGCUGUAUGCCAGAUCGUAUCUGCUAUUAUACUUAUUUCUCAAUACGGUGUAUGUCUUGCUAUGGUGCACAUUGAGUAUUCUGAUGUCAGCAACACACGAGCCUUUUCAUUGGAGCAAAGACAAUUUCUGGAAAGUUGCUUUAGCACUUCUUGUGCUUCUUCUAACGCUGGCAGCUGCAAUUGAGCAAGUAUUUUUGGGUAGAGCAGUCCAGAAAUCCGAGAACAACUGGAAGUUGUACAGAAUUGAAAGUCUGCAAGAAGACCUUCGUUACUGUCAUCCACAAUGGCCAAACGAACGGAAAGUUCUUGAAGCUCAAAUCGAGCGAUACUCCAACAUGGUUGGUGACUAUUAUAAAAAUUUCUGGACAUAUCUCGAGUGGAUAAUAUUUGUAGCGGCAGUAAGCUGGAAUAUUUCCUCUGCAAUGGACACAUUCGGGACAGAAUCAAAACAUACGCACACAGCAAUGCAGAUCUUGAUGAUCAUUGUAUUGAUGCUGAAUUUUAUAAAGUUUUUAAAGGCUUGCAGAAUGUACAAAUUGGCUGGACAAUACAUUGCCAUCUGUGGAAACGUCGUCUACGCCCUUGGUCAGUUUGCAUUCCUUUUCUUUCUCUUCUUCAUUCCAUUCAACGUGGCAUUCUGGAUAUUCUUUGGAGGAAAAGAAAAUGGCAAAAUAAUUGGCGAGCGAUACCAACAUUUAGCAAAGGCAUUUGAAAACUUGAAUGAUGUGAUAUACAGCGUCUGGACUCUCACAUUGGUUGUAGGAUUUCCAAUGAAGGCAUUGGUUGUGAUCGAUGCCGUGAUUGGGGAGCUUUAUGUUUGCAUAUAUUAUCUUGUCAUGUCUGUGGUGUUGCUGAACCUUUUUAUCGCCUUAAUGUCGAAUCUAUUUGCAAGGGUGCACAAAGAUGCUGAGAAAUAUGCCUUGUUAGAGCAGGCUAAGACAGUGAUUCUGUGUGACAGAUUGAUCAAAAGAACAACAAUAGAAAAGUUCAGAAACCACAUGCAGUCGUUUUGCAAUCCACUGGUAGAGCCUUUAAAGUUCAGGGAGACAAUAGAAAAAACGCUGCCAGUUGUCAACCUUUUGCAGAAAGUAAAAACACAUUCCCAGGGGUGGACCGAUUUUAUUCUUAAGCAAAGUGGAGAUGGGCCUAUAUACAACAGGCAGGCGACAAUAAACGAGAUCAAGUAUAACCUCACCUUGUUUGAUGUAUAUUCAGAAAAGUUGGAUUCACAAAUAACGGCCUUACAGAAAUUUAAUGUGGAAAACAAGAAGAUCAUAAAAAUUUUGGGUAUGGGAAAUAUGAUGUCAUCAAAAGUGAAGAAAUGAUCAUUGAUGGGAAGAGACAGUCGGGGACAUUCGACAAAGAACAUUGUAUAAUCAUUCUCUGUAAUGGUUUUCAUAAAACCCUAAAGAUAUUUAGAACUAUAACCCGAACAAUUUUCUAGAACUAGUUAAAAUGAAAAGCGUUGUGGAAAUCAAACAGACCUUUCAUUUCAAUUUUACGACUGCUUGGUAAUGAAUUUUGCUUUAACGUUUAUAUUUAUGUAAAAAAUAUCUCGCCGGUACAAAAUUUGAAAAUUGCUUUGAGAAAUCAAACAUUAUACAGCAUAUUUAAAA